UUGAAAAGAGAAACUCCGAAAUCCUCCUCUCAAAACCCCUCUCUCCCUCAUUUCCAUCAGCAUUCCCUCUUGCCUUUAUCCCUUUUCCAUUUUUAUUCUCCCUUUUUUUCAACUACCUCAGUUCUAUCCCAACUUUCUUUUUGCAUCGAUUGUUUUCCGAGACUCAAGCACAAUGGGCUCCAUCGCAAACGGCGUGCAAAAGCGAGAGGGUACUUUCCUCUUCACCUCUGAGUCUGUUGGAGAGGGCCAUCCAGACAAGAUUGCCGAUCAGGUGUCCGAUGCCAUCCUCGAUGCCUGCCUUGCUGAGGACCCUUUGUCAAAGGUCGCUUGUGAAACUGCAACAAAGACUGGCAUGAUCAUGGUUUUUGGUGAGAUCACCACCAAAGCCAAUCUUGAUUACCAACGAAUUAUUCGAAACGCUAUCAAAGACAUUGGCUACGACGACUCCUCUAAAGGUUUCGAUUAUAAAACUUGUAAUGUCCUUGUUGCCAUUGAGCAGCAGUCUCCCGAUAUCGCCCAAGGUCUUCACUACGACGAAGCUCUGGAGAAACUCGGUGCUGGAGACCAGGGUAUUAUGUUUGGCUAUGCCACCGAUGAAACCCCUGAAUUGUUACCAUUGACGAUCCAGCUUGCCCAUAAGCUCAAUCGGGCCAUGAAGGAGGCUAGAUUAGAUGGCAGCCUUCCAUGGCUCCGCCCUGACACUAAAACUCAAGUUACCGUUGAAUAUGCUCAUGACAAUGGUGCGAUGAAGCCUCUUCGCGUUGAUACUGUGGUUGUCAGCGCCCAGCACAGUGAGGAUAUCACUACUGAAGAGCUCCGCAAAGAGAUCUUGAACAAAAUCAUCAAAAAGGUCAUUCCCGAAAACCUCUUGGACGACCGCACCAUUUACCAUAUCCAACCAUCCGGCUUAUUUAUUAUCGGUGGUCCUCAGGGUGAUGCUGGUCUAACCGGCCGGAAGAUUAUUGUUGAUACAUAUGGCGGCUGGGGUGCCCACGGUGGUGGUGCUUUCUCCGGAAAAGACUAUUCCAAAGUCGACCGUUCUGCUGCUUAUGUUGCACGGUGGAUCGCUAAGUCUCUUGUCAACGCCGGCCUCGCUCGUCGUGCCCUUGUUCAGCUCUCUUAUGCUAUCGGUAUUGCUGAACCGCUUUCGAUCUUCGUCGAAACUUAUGGCACCUCCACCAAAUCUUCCGCCGAGUUGGUGAAGAUUAUCAGAGACAACUUCGACCUCCGACCCGGCGUUAUUGUGCAGGAACUUGACUUGGCCAAACCGAUCUACUACAAGACCGCCAAAAAUGGCCACUUCACAGACCAGAGCUUCGCCUGGGAAAAGCCCAAGACUCUCAAGUUCUAAGUCUCCCACUUCCCAGCCUCGCUUUGUACGAAAUAAAUGUCUUAUGAUCGCGACGAUUUUGCUUUGUUUUCAACAACUCAAAGCACGGCUAUAGAUGGAUGGUUCUUUCUCCCGCUUUCCUUUUCUCUCAUUGCACGAGGCCUAUGACCACGGCGCUUUGGCAAAAAAUUCAACAUGUGAUACCAAUUUCUUUUUACUGGAUGGCGUUACAGAGGGCGCUGUAAAAGUUUCGACAGAAGUUGUCUGGAUUUCGGAACAUAGAAAAUGAACCACACUAAUUCAUCGGACCUGAGGGAGGAAGGAAAUACAAUUAUAUGCAAUGGAUAAUCGGGUUUCCCCAGUCGCAACGGUGGAUGACCCAACGGUGAUGGAAAGGGCCAAUUGUGGCCUCUUAUUCUUUCAGAUUUAUCAAUUUUGCUACCUCUAUGUAAAUUUUAGCAGCUUCAACGGAUGUGAUAUCUCAAGAUGCAAAAUAAUCCCCAAAAUUCAACAAAGGUCAUGAGGGAUUGGAAGUCGAGCUACCGAGUACAGAGAAUGAGAUCGUCUUAC